CUCACUUUCUGUUGCGCUACAGCAGCUGUCUCAGGCGCUGCUGUGUUGCUGUCAAUUCAAUGACAUAUUAAGAAGUAUUGUACCCCCUAAGUUACCCCAAAAUGCACAAGGUUCUGAAACCGCGCGUAUUAAUAAGCAAAUCAGCAGUUUGGGCGUUUUGUCCAACACGGCAACUUUGCUCAAAUGACCAAGCUGUAGUGUCUCUCGGAGCGUCGUGUCACCAUGGCGUUCUACCCGCGGAGCUGGACGUCGAGGAGCGGGCCAUGCUGCACCGCAUGCUGCGCGUGGACCACGCCGGGGAGUUCGGCGCUAGCCGCAUCUACGCCGGACAGAUGGCCGUGCUGAGGAAGACAUCAGCACGAACCAUCAUACAGGAGAUGUGGGAACAGGAGAAAGGCCACCUGCAGACGUUCCAUGAGAUCCUGGGGGAGCACCGCGUCCGGCCCACUGCCCUGCUGCCUCUGUGGGACAUCGCUGGCUUCGCCCUGGGAGCAUCCUCUGCCCUGCUAGGGAAGGAGGGGGCGAUGGCGUGCACCGCAGCAGUGGAGGAGAGCGUGUCAGAGCACUACAACAGUCAGAUCAGAGAACUCAUGGAGGCAGACCCAGAGAAGUACACUAAGCUGCUGCUGCUGAUUAAAGAUCUCCGUGACGACGAGAUGGCCCACCAUGACACUGCGCUGGAACACGACGCUGAAUCAGUACCAGGCUAUUGGCUUCUAAAGAACGUCAUACAGGCCGGAUGCAAAGCAGCAAUCUAUGCUUCGGAGCGAAUCUAGCUCCUCCAUUUCUACAAACCAACAGAACUUUAUAACAGAACUUUUCCUCGAUGCCCAAAGCGAACAGAGCUUUGCACAGUAGAGGAGCGCAUGUUCAUACCUCACCAGUCAUGUUCAAGAGAAGGAAAAAGGAAGGCAGAAGGGCCCAUUCAGGGUCUCAAAAUCCUCGCUCUUCCUCCCUGCUGUCAGCGAACCCGAUAGGACACACAUCCCAAUGGGUUUGAAUCCAAAGAACGUUUCGAAAGCAGCAUGAUUUCUGGGAGUUUUCCAUGGUUGUCAUGUCCGUGACAUUGUUAUGUUUGUGUCAUUGAUUGAAGGAUCGUGGUUCUUUUUAGACAAAUAUGUAAAGUAACAACGCAACAACGGUAAUAAACUGAUAUUUGUUUUA